AUCAAGAGACUAUAAAGGGGACAGAGAGGGCAUCCCCCAUAUACACCCUAUUCCAUAGGUAAUUCGUCUCGAGUUAUUUUUAACACCACGGAUCUCAAGGGGGAUUAGACAACAGCCAAUCACAUAGCGCGAAUGUGUUCCGCGUGGAUGACCCACGCUGAGAGCCACGCGUCCUUCACGAAAUGACGCAGAACAAAAUAGGGGAAAGCGCGGAGAGCGAUUUUGCUAUUCCUUUUGUCGACGAAAACGACUACAGCGAGAUUUCUGCGAAAGCUGUGUCAGCGAAACCGAAAUUAAAAAAGAAUCGCUUUUCCUCUCUUGUAUAGAGCUAACAGUUGAGCAAGGAAAUCCUUAACACACUGAAUAUUCUCUCAGGAUCGUUUAUAAUUUACAGUUUGAAGAGAGCAAUUUCUGGUUUGAUGUUUAUUUUUUUUCAGUCUUUAUAGCGAUUAUUCCUACCCACUUACUUUGUCAAUUGUAGGCGAACCCUCCUAAAGCUGAAUUUCAAGGGACCAUAUUCAAGCUCAGAAAGAGAAAUAAAAUUUCGUCGUUGCUUAUUUACGUCCUCCAUAAAACGCGAAAUUAGGCAUUUUCACGUCGUAGUCGUGCAAAAAAGGGAAAGAAAUGAACAAAAAAGUGUGUUGCACGUGCGAAGUUGUUGUUUUGCUAAUUAAACCUAUUGUUUUUUUGACGUUCUAGUUGUCGUCCGCGUCGUUGGAUCUUAAACUCCCUAAAUUGAACAAACGACCGGUUUCAAUAGACCGGCGAAAUUUCUCAUUUUAUUAAAACACUGAGGCUACGACAACUUCGAGUUAAACUGAUUUCACGGCUUGUCAAAGAGUCCAGCGAUUCCUUUUUCCCAGGUGAGCGCCGACUCAUUUUGCUUCAAUAUUCAGGAAUGCUCUCGAUCUUUUUACGCUUUCAUUGCCUCUCGCCCGACAUGUUUUGCACGGCGUUUGGUCACGCGAAACCUCCACGAAACCUCCACGCCUCGCGCGAGGUAACUUUAUCCCGAUUCUAAAAAUAACUCGAGACGAAUUACCUAUGGAAUAGGAUGUAUAUAGGGGAUGCCCUCUCUGUCCCCUUUAUAGUCUCUUGUUUCUCAUACAAAGUCUCAACAGUCUCUCUGUCAUCUUGACGGACAUGCUACACUUCGUGACAGAAACAUGCAGUGCUCUUUCCCUCUUGGUCAUCGGGCUCUCGUCGUCUCUCGGUCGGCGAUCCCGGCGACAAUCUCGGCAUCCUGAUCGAGUGUCUCAUUCAUGGAGGUGGUUGUUGGAACAUACGAGCAAGUUCUUGUUGGAUUUGAUGUACUUACUGCGGAUGAUGAGCUUGAGGUAACAUGCACAUACUUAACAUAACAUAAUGAGGGCUUAUGAGCGAAACAAUUUGAUGCCUUUUGUUUUUUCCCAAGCAGUACAGGUUGAAACCAAAAUUCGCUGAGAAGGAGCACACGGGUUGUAUCAAAUGUGCAGCUAACAACGGAGCAGUUCUUGCUACAGGGAGUUCGGAUGAAACGAUACGGCAAGUGAUAUUUUUGUAAGACUUUACGGUAAGAUCCUCCCACAGCCCUAAAAGAAUAGAGUGGAAAAAUGUUUGCAUUAUGAAUGUUUGAGACCAUGCGGAAAUCUUGCCAAAACUCUGUAACCGGAACAUAAGCGUAAUCUUAACAUGAAAAGUUAUAUAGAGUGUAUUCACUCACGCGGCCAGCAUCUAUGCAAAUUUAUGGGACAAAAGAAAUUUGUUAUAUAAGAAAAGGGUCCAACUCCCACAGGAUUUGUUUGUAACACCGACGUGGCCGCUUUUCAUUGUUUUGGAACACCAAUAUGGCCGCCGUGACGUCAUGUGAAAACGCUCUUUAACCCAUUCGCUCCUGGAGAUUUUGCCCAAAAACGCGUUUUGAAGCUAGUCGAGUGGUUUUCUGGUCACUGUCGUGCUAUAAAGAGCUAAAACUUACCACAAACCGGUUUACAGGUUGUACACUUGGCGGCCUUCUGAUCCAGAUGCAAAAUAUCAGCUUGCGAAGUUCGGGCAUGCGCAGAAAGCAAAAUUUCGACAAUUUUGGGUUUAAAAGUGACACAGCAGUCUUGACUUUUACUUUUGGCUUUCUCUCCUCCCUUCUUUUUUCGCUUUUCUUGCCUCAUUUUUUUUUUCUCUUGCUGGGCAUUUAGUAGGCUUCAUUUUGGUGGGAAGAGUUUUUAGGAAAGCUUUUAGGAUCUUAGGAUUAGGUGAAAGGAAAGGUAGGUGGGUAAUGGAACAAGAUUUUCAUGCUUCUUAAGGCUUCAUAUCUGAAUUCAAAUCUCACACUAACCCUGGGUUAUCUUAACCCAGCUUUGAACAAUUCGGCGCUGGAGAUUAUGAUUGCAGGCUCCUCUUGUUGCCCACAGUAAUGUUACAUGUCCCAUUAUAGCUUUUAUUGUAGUUUAUGUGUGUCCAUAUAACUUUUGUUACACUUCACUUUAUAAACAACUUGUUUUUAACUAUUAAUGUAGUGGCCUACACUACAGCAUAGUAUCUACGCUGCGCAAACAAACUUAAAACCCAGAUUGCCCUUAAUCACAAUAAGGUUUGCUCUUAAGCACACUUAAAAACUUGAAAAUGUGAAGUUGCAAGUCUGUCUUUACAAGGACAUUGUAAGAAGCUCAGUAGAGGGUAGCUCCACCCACAGGUUUACUUGUAAAUCCUGUAGUUACUUGACAAUAAUAUUAUAUGUGACAUUGCUCUCAUAUUCUGCAUUAUUUGUUAGAAUGUACAUCUUUGUUAGAAGGUGUGUAAAUCUCAGACAUGUUUUUGUUGCAGUGUAAUUUACAUUUACUUAUACUGAAGCUGCUCAAGUUACUUGCAGGAAUUUCCCGCGGGUAGUUUUUGCACUCCCCGCCAGGAAUUCUUGUAGUAACUGGAGAAAUGAUGUACAUGCUCAUUAUUGUUAAGAAGAUACCUUAUGUUUGACUUUCUCCUGUUGCUUGCAGGAAGUUCUAGCAGAUAGUUUUUGCACUUGCUGCAAGAUAUUCUUGUAGUAAUUGGUGAAAUCAACUACAAUAAGAUCUAAUCAGCGCACUCAUUAACUAUCUUCAUUUAUCUAUUUAAAAUGGUCAUAAUUUUAUGUUUGACUUUUCUCAAAAUACUCUUAACCCUUUAAGCCCUAAGAUCCACAUCCAAAUUCUCCUGACUGAUCUCCUUACAUUUCUUUUAAGAACAGUUGAGAGAAUUUGGUCUAAGAUCAAAGCAUUCUCUCCUUAGGUAAUCAAUUUAGUAAUUCUCAUAACUUUUACUCUUCAUGAUCUGCUAAUGUUGUUAGGAGAAAAUUGAUGAUGAUCACCCUUGGGACCUAAAUUACUUACCAUACUUUUUGCAUGUAAUCUUGCACCCUUUUUGGUCUCAGUUACUCUAUAGUCAUCACAAAAUUCAUGGCACCUUCCAUAAAGACUGCAUUGGCUGUAUCUUUUAAAUUUUUCACAGUGUUCAAUCUAGGCCGCGUAUUUGCAUCAAUGGAUAAGAAUGGUAAGGCUGGAGAAGUCAGUUCAACCUCCAGAACUUCAAGAGCCAACAGUUUCAAGCAUAAAAACUUUAUUAUACCAUGGUGAUAGUUUGGAUGAUAGUUAUUCAAAGUUUGUCCCAGACCAUUUUUGAAAUGACCCAAUUUUUUUUUCAAAGUGGGAUAUAUGACCCACUUUGACUAAUUUCUAGAUUGAACACUGCUUUCAGUAACUUCAUUUUUAUGAUCCUAUUUACUGGGCAACUCUUAGCUCCAAUUAGUGGUACGUCCAGGGAAUUCUUUACUAGCUAUAGUUCUUGCACUAGCUGUAAGAAAUUAUUCUGGGAGAACUAAGAGAAAAGAUUUAAAAGAGAGUUUUUGUAUGCUUGAAAAUGUAAUUGUUUCUUUCAUUAGGUCUUAACCUGUGUUUAUACAAAUGUAGGUACUUGACACAGCUGCAUCUAUGACUUAAGUACGUCUUUAAUUGGCAUAGUAAUUUUGUCCUUAAGUGUUAUCAAUCUAUGACCUUACAGUAUUUGGGACAACCAGCUUAGUGGAAACUGUGUUGAGCUGGUUUUUAUUCCAAAUGCAUUUUGAAAUAAUGGAAUGAAUUAAAAAAACAUUUCUUGUUGCAUUUCAAAGUGCUGGCAAUGUUGUCCAAUAAAAACCAUUUGGGGAAAAAAGCAUGCAGGAAACAUAUCAAACCAUUUCAAUGUGACACCACUUUCUUUCUACUGGGAGGCAUUCACAAGAAGUUGUCAUCACCUGACUUAGGAUUAAUGGUUAAUAAUUUUUAGGUUAUACAAUCUAAAGGAUCACAGAGAACUGGGUGCCCUGAUGCAGCAUGAAGGUAUUUAUGAAUACAGACUUGCCAACUCUCACUAAUUUGUUGUCAGUCUCACGAUUUCACGACCAAUCUCAUGCUCUGAGUUAGCAACUGAUUUCUCAUGCUUGUCUCCAAAAAAAUCUUGGAGCUGUCUGGCCCAUUUCCAGUUUAAUAGAUAUCAAUAGAUAGCAAGCUCAAUCCAAAGAAUAAUUAUAUGCUUAGCAGUCGAGUUUGAUAACAUGUACAUUCUUUUCGCCUACAGCGACUUGCCACUGCAACCAAAUGUGUAGACUUACUGUUUCUCUUGUUUCAGUUAAGAUAGCCUCCAACAAAACAUAGAAAUUACAAGUACAAAACCUAAACUGAAAUAUCGUGAUGUUUACUGCUCCAGCUUCUAAUACCCGUAAUGGCUCAUAGUCCCCUUGAAAAUCUUUCCACCUCAAAAUUUGGGACAUCUAGCGACUUUUUACCCAUUCUCACUACUUGUCUGAGCGCUUAGUUCACAAUCUUACAGAUAUAUUUGCCUUUUGUGGGUCGACAAGUCUGUGAAUAUGCACAAACAAUAAUCUUCUCUUAAGGAUCAGCUAACUCCCUUCUAAACAUUAUGGUAGCUACAGGUGAUGAUCUCAUGUAGGGGAGAUAUUGGUAGAUACUGUAACAUUACGUGUUUGUCUUUCAGUCAAAUCUUAAACUCCUCAAACUACAGAUUGCAACAUUCUAUCAAAAACAGGCCUUAUUCAAGAAAACAACUUUUUAAAAUGGUAGUUAGUGAAGUGCGAUUCCUCCUGAGAAGUUUUGUUUGUACAGUGUAAUUUGGUUGAAACAAUGUGUACAGAAGAGACAUGACAUUACAAAGAUUAAAUUUGUGAAAAAUUAUAUGGGAUUGGUUGGCACGGUCAUUUAUAUGUUUCGCGGAAACUGCCCACCUAAAACUCCUCCCAUAAGCCAACAUUAACACUUACUUCUCACUUAGGGCAAAAUGUUGGAUUAGGGGAGGGGUAGGUGGGCAGUUUCCCAGAAACGUAUAAUAUGUGGUUGGCAUAUUCAGGGAGAACAAGAUCCAAAAUGUCCACUAGACUGCAAAACAGUCGGUUUUUUUUUCAAAAUCAGUAAAGAAAUUGGUAAAGCGUGGAGUAAGAGUCUUACGCGCGCGAAGCGCGCGGGCCUCACACGCCCGUAGGGCGUGUGAGGCGAGAGAGAAAAAAACCGACUGUCCCUUUUCCAUACAAUAAGAUCGUUCCGACCAGGGGGUUAAAAAAUGUCGUCGAGCUGUCAAAAAUCUGUUCGCAACUCCGCCCUCUUUGUGAAUUUGAUAGACUCGCGUGUUAUUAUUGACGCUGUAAUCCAGUAAUUCUAAAGCAGUUUUUAGCGUUGCUUCCCUGUGAAAUGUGGUGUAUAUAGUGAAAUGUAGUAUAUAUAGUGGAGGAUCAAAAAUGAGUGAAAGUGGCAGUACGACAACAAAGCCAGUGCCUGCUCCUCGCAGAGGGAGAAAGCCGAAAGAGCCGAGGGCUUUGGACAAAUUGUAGAAUGUGCGGCUGUUGUUUCAAAACACAGUUCGGCAAUUUUACGAAUGGAUGGAUAAGCUCGGAAAAUGCGUUUGUUGCGCCUACCAGAAAAGGAGAAACGUUAAAGUGGGCCGACCUACUGAAAAACGAACUUUUCGUUGUCCUCGAGGAAGGAGAAUCUUUCUCCACAAGAGCAGUCUGCUCUCCGUGUGGAACAACGGUUAGAAAUUGCCCCGGGAAACUGCACGGCGAUGCUUUCGCAAAUGAAAAGAACUGAACACGCCAACUGACAAUGAACAAUUAUUGCGAUUGAAAAGUAUGAGUAAAUCCCCUCAUUCCAAACCACGUCUUGGUGAUUUAGCUCUGUAAAUUACUAUCUGUGAGAAUUUAAAAACCUGCCAAAAACGCUAACGAGCUGGGCCCAGCGUGACAAAACAUUGCAGGAAAAAGUCACAUUCACGGACACAAAGAAAAUCGCUUAAAAUUAUUCAAAUCCAGGAGGCACUUUGGAGAAAUAAAACAACCUAAAACCCUUAAUCAGCCACAAUGAAGAGCUUUACAUUUCUAAAGGGGCCAAGAAAGAAAAUGCUCUUGUGUCAGAGGGCAAAUCAUGCCUACCAGAGAAAAUCAAUAUGCGUGUCACGACCUCUCAGUAUGAAAUAUUUAAUAAGAGGCCAAAAUUCACAUUUGCUCAGUCAAAACGUUUUCCUCCAAAGCAUAAUCUACUCGACAGAGAAAACAAUUCAUUGGAACAAGCGGCAUGUUUGCAUGAGGUAAAAGUCGUGUGUUUCCUACCGAUCCCGCAUUUUUAGCCAGGCGAGCUAACAAUGAUGGUCGGCCGUUGCACGGAACUUGAAGAACUCUUUGCAUGAACAAACAUCCGAUAAAUAAGGCUUUUGUCAAAUCCUGGUGGUAGAACACAGAAAACAUCCUUUCCCCUGAGCAGCAACUCCAAAGCUUCCCUCUACUCCGAUUUUAAAACAAAUCCCAAUUCUUGCGAGCAAAUCCAGGCGAUCAACAUCUGUCAUUUUACAGCGAAAGCUUUAGCAAUUCGUCACGGUAUGGAACAACGUGAAUGACUUGUUGAAAACAUUACUUGACAGCUUGGUGACAGCUUGCAUCGAAAUUUAGCCAAUGGGAAUUGCCCGUGGCUGGGAGAAGCGGGUAAUUCGAACGAAUAUGACGUAUGCAAAACGGACAGUCCGUAUUUUUAGCGUCUCUCCCCAGUCUCGCUCUCUGUUUUCAGCCUCAUUCCAGACCUUUUGUUUGACUGCUCGCGCGUACUUGAAUACGCAAAAAUACGGACUGUUUUGCAGUCUAAAUGUCCACUGGCUAAAAAUCAGCCUGUUUGUGCAAACUGGUGAGGAGAUGCAAAAGAAUCGUUCUGCUUUGAUGACUCCAUACAUAAAUCCUUCUGAAAAAGACCUGGUUAGAAAACGUUACGAUCCAAGUCAAGGACAUAUGUAUAGAGUUAUCAGGGCAUAACCUGCGUAUAUCUCCUCACCAAUUGGCUUUAACAAGCUGAUUUUUAGCAAGUGGACAUUAAUUUUAUAACCUUGUUCUCUCUGAAUACGCCAACCCGUCCCAUAAUUUUACCAAAAAUUAAUUUGAUUUUUUAUGACACACACAUCUCUUCUCUUCUCUUGUUUAUUUUUCAGGCUCAAUAACAUGUUUGACAUUCCAUAACAAUACACACAUGGUAAGUGCUAGCGAGGAUAAUACCAUUUGUGUUUGGGAGUGUCGUACAUGGGACUGCCUCAAAACUUUAAAAGGCCACAGGUAAUGUGAUCAUCUUUGCUGUAGAGAUUAUUGUUGUCUUAGACUGGUGAUAAUUUCAAUUAAAGCUGAUCUUUCUUUUCCAUUAACCACGUAGAUUUAUGUAAGCAUCAUUAGUUGUCAAUUAAGAUGUCAGUACAGUUCACCUUGUCUUGUCUUGUUCUCAAUUGAUGACCUGUCUGAUUGAUUAAGUAUUGGAUUGACUGGGAGAAAUUUGAUGCUGAUCAUUAUUUUGUGGCUUACAAUGUAUACAGCGUUGGGAAAAUAAUGCAGAAGAAUACAGAAUUCUUGUGUUCACAGGCAUGCAUGGCAGGUUACAAGGGUGUAGUUAUGUAAUUUUCUUUAAAAGGAGGAAUGACGUAAAAUGCUAUGACAUCUCAGCCCUGAACUGUGUCCGUACAUGAAUUUUUAAACUCGAAAAGUACAUGUAGGUAACUUGAACAUAAUUUUUUGUGAAUACAGUGAGGUACUGUAAGCAUACAUAUAGGUAAUUCUGUUUAUAUUGGCAUGACUCCUUCCCUUUCUUUGUAACUCAGGUAGAGUUCUCAGUUGCUGCCUGGGCACAGUGCCUGAGCAUAGUUCUAGCUGGGCACUAAUUUGACACACAAUGUUUUUCAAGUACCCGUGCCAAACUUGGGUACAGGGUUAGUGCUUGAAGGUAAAGACCUCUUGUAUUCAGGUCCUAAAGUGGGCACUGGCUGCCUGUGCACACACAUUUCCGGUUAUUCCAAGCAAGGUUUUAGCGGAAUGGGUGUCUAGCCAUCCUAUGGACACCCAUUUUUGGAAGAAAUACGAGGAAGAUUGACUUAAUCUCUUAUAAUUUUAGGGGGAAACAUGCCCUCUGCACAGCCAGUUUUCAAUGUCUGGCUAAAAGCCUGUUUCCAAGGCAAUCAUCCAUUGCCCCCAUCUUCCUGCGGUGCUCACGUUUCAAAAUGGUGUCUGACAGGGCAAAAUGGAGCAAAAAUGUACACGGUUAUAUAUCAGACUUCACAGCACUAUCACACUAGUGCUCAGACACCAAGUGUGAACAGUUCCUGAUAUUAAAUUAUAUGCAUUUGUUCUGUAUCCAGGGGCCAUGUUAAUUCAGUGUCUGUGCAUCCCUCGGGGCGACUUGCAUUGUCUGUAUCAAAGGACAAGACUUUAAGGUUAGUCUCCUCAAGUGGCCUAUUGGAAUCUAACUCUAUAGAAUCGCUGAUGAAUGUUUUAUUUCAUUUCAUCUUUGCAUGUGCUUUGACCACUUUUUUUGGUUGUUCACACUGCAAUAACAUUAAUUGUCUGGCAGUUAAGCACUCCUGAAGUUGUUUGCUGAAAGGAGUGGCAGUUUUUUUCCGGUUCUGUUCUUUUAAGUUUUUUUUUUUUGCUCCUUUUUUUUUCAGCUUUUGAAAGGUGUGCAGUACUCAAUAAAUAAUCUUUUCUUGGGAACUCUUUAAUUAUUCUGUUUGCUUUCACAGAACAUGGAAUCUUGUUACUGGCAAAUCUGCAUAUGUUACAAACAUCAAAGAAGGUAAGAGUAUAUUCCAAGUUUUAGUUUGAAAAAAUUAAUGCCAGGUACACAGCAGUUCUUGCACCCCAACAAACCUUGUUAAUGCAACAAAGCUUCACUUUUAUCUGCAACAAUUUGGUUCAUGAAACAUUUGUUCAAAACUGAUGGUCUUAUAAUAAUAAUAUUACUCAAAUGGGUUACAUGUAUGUCACAAGAGUAUUGUUGUUUAUAGGUCAAUUAUGUGCUGAAGUCAUUACUCAGUACCUUUACCCAUACAAAAAAUGCUCCUGUAGAGUUGUGGCGAAGUUAUCAAACAAAUUUCGUCAGGGAACAUUACACUAUAAACUAUUAUUUUUUUUUCGGUCAUUUUGGCAGGUAUGGCAUAACAACUUGAAAAUGUUUGUCCAACUUUUUCAAGUGUCAGUCCAUGUCCAUCCUUGUCAUCUGUUGCAAUAAAUGAGAGGAAACAAUUUCAUUGCCUUAAUAUACAUGUAGUCUUAAAUAGCAAAACUGGACCAUUAUUUUAAGAAUUCAAUUGAUGUGAAGAAACAUUAUAUUUUUUUAAAUGUGGCUUAGUGAAAUUUAGGCUAAGUUAAACUCACGACAGUGUUGGCCAGCUGUCUCUCUCAUCAGUGAUAUGCAGGGGUGCCCUAAUCACAUCCUAGGAGCUUGUGGCUCUCUUUACAACCAUUGUCAUGAGGUCAGGUCAUUAUGUUUGCAAGUCUUCUCUGAUUGUUGCUAGUGCCUUUAACAAGGAGGGCAUAUAAAAUAGGCAGAAGACUUUGGCCUUGUGAAUCUUGCUAAUCCUGACUCUUGUUCGUGUGUGUUUAGCUGCCCUGAUUGUCAAGUGGUCUCCAUCAGGUGAUAGUUAUGCUGUCGCCAUCGGCGACAAAGUCGUAGUUUAUAAACUUGCAGUAAGUAUUAAAAAGAGUGUAGAGUAUUUCCAAUCAACUUUCAUCUUGUUAAAUUAUCAGUAGCAAAGAUUACCAUGAUAAAUCCUGCCCAGGGGCACUUUCCAAAAGUUAUAACUGGCUGGCUGGACCAUGGCUGAACUAGUUUUUGCUCAAAAAUCAUCUCCUUCCCAUGUACUAUUAAGUAUUUGACUGAUCUGGCUGGAUAAUUUUGAUUAAAGGUGAAAUUCUCAUGAUGACGGGAAUGGGUUGGCCAGUCAGGACUGAGGUCAGACAAAUGGAAAGCACCCUAAGAGCUUCAUGUGAAUUUUCACAAGUGGAUUUUGCCCACACACUCAAAACUUAAAAAAGUGUCAUUGGGUUUUUGUAAUUAAGUGAAGUGAACUAAGAACACAAGCAAGCUCUUCACACUUUUAUGGAGCUUCAGUUCAUAGAAACCUUUCGUGGUCCAGGAAUUUUUAAAAUUCAUUUUCUUGCAUUAAUUACUGCUAUAGCCUUUACCACCUGGACAUGUCUGGGAACUUUCAAAAGCUUUCAAAAACAUUACCUUGAAAGUGUUUUUCAAUACUUUAACUUCAAUGAUUUCUUAUACAAAAUAAUAUAUUAGUUUUCGAGUUUUUAACAGUUUCUGAGGGCUUCAGAAAAUUCAAACCAGCUACAAAUGUUUCAUCUAUCUCCCUAUCCAGUCCUCUUUGGCAAACCUUAGAGGUUUGCAGAUGAAGAUGGCUGACACUUACGAAGAACUUAAGCUUAAGGUUGACUUGAGGGAAUAAACAUGAUUUAAUACGGGGAAUGUUUGAUUUGUCCUAGACAGCUGCCUUGUCAUUUACAAUGGAGUUCUCAAGAUAUGUGUUAGCCCUAGAAUUCCUUUCAGUAAGUACUGCAACUGUAGCAUCCUUCUAAAAAUGUACACAUCUGUUACACAUGCUUGCGUUCAAGAUUGGAAAGCAAGCAUUCUCAAGUUGUUAUACACUGUAUAUACAUAGUAAAUUUACAAUGACUAAGCUAUUUCUCUCGCAUUGAUUGUUCGAGAGGUAUGGUCAAUAAGAGUACAGACCAUGGAAAAUUGUUUUUGAUUUGUUAAGGAGAAAUGUUUUGAGCCCCUCAGUGGCAGUUAAACCCGUGACUCCAAGAUAUCAGUUCAGUUGAAUACUCUUGUCUCUAGCUGCCAAGCUCUAUGAGCGUCAUGAUAACAGACUGCAGUCAACUCUUCUUUUAACAGACAGCCCACAGGGGCGGAUCCAGGAUUUUUCUCAGGAGGGGGGCACCAUUAAGGAAUGGUGUAACUGACUGGUGAGGUACACAAAGUUUAAAACAGAAUACCAGUUGUAGGUCAUUCGGGGUGGGGGGGUGGUGGAGGUGUGCACCCUCUGUACCCUCCCACUAGAUCCAACCCUGCCUUGCUAAGACGGUCACCCAGAGUAAGUCCCUGCCUUUCUAUAUUGCUUUUAACGGCCACCUCUAUAAGACGGACACAGGGACCAGUUGGGAAAAUUGUUUUGGACAUUUGUUAAGUCGGACUCAUUGUGCUAGUACCAAAGAUGUCCAUCUUAGAGGAAGAGUUGACUGUAGUGAUAAUAUACCGCUAUCCUGCUACAUAUCAUUGUGUCAGUGAAUUCAAAUUAUCGUAAAGGUCUUUCAAAGAUCAGGGAGACUCGUAUCAACAAAUACAGUGUAUCGUGUCAGUAGUAUGGAAAAAAAGUGAACGGGAUGUUUGGAGUAUUGGGUACGGCACAUUAACUCUAAGCUGCUUCUCUGCUUACUAAACCCUCUCAAGAGUGACCAACAUCAAUUUUUUCCAAACAAUAUCAGUUCAUACCGUGCGGCACGAAAUUUUUGCGGGAGUUUAUUUUCGCGGAUUGGCGAUUGUUUGUGCUUUGCGGGAACUAAUUUUUGCGUUUAAGACAAAUUGGUUUUUCUUGCUGGGAAUAAAUUUUUGCGAUUUUCAGAAAGUACCCAGCUAAAAUUUUGUGCCACACGGUAAUCAAGACGAAAGGUUAUGAGAAUGGAUGAAAAGAUGACCCUAGGCAGGGGAUAAUCUUAUAUCAAAUUCUCUCAACUAAUUCUUAAAGGGCACGUAUGGAGAUCAGUCUGUAAAAUUUGCAUGUAGAUACCGGAACUUAAAGGAUUAAAAUACUUUCUAUACGUACAUGUACGUCAUUUUCAUUGAAAGUCGUUAUACGAUAGUUUGUCACUUGCUUUCAGUUUCAAUCAUGAUUACUAAUCUCAAAUGAUUAUUUUGUUAUCCUAGGAAAAUAUCCUGGCAACAGGAGGAGAAUUUGAAGGAAUAAGAAUUUUAGACAUUGAAAAGGAGCAGUGUGUUCAGACAUUGCAAGGACAUGCAAGCAGGUGAACAAUCAAACCUCUCGCCGGGCGAGUCUCUCUCGUUCAGCCUCCCCCGUUGGAAAGGGGGAGGGGGGGUGGUGAGGCGAAGAGACGGAUGACAUUUCAGACCAUGUGAAACAUAAAAAUAACAGCUUGAAACGGUAAAAAAAGUGUAAAUAACACGGCAAACACAUAAAGAGGCACGAAUGGACAAACCUGUAAAAAUUCUUGGCCUAACAGUUUUUCAAAGUUCAUUUUUUUGUGUGUAACGUUUUAAAUAAUGCUUGCGAGACAUAUUUGUUGGACAAGAAGCUGUGAUUUUGUCGUUCACAGUAAUACUUUCUUAAGCUCUAUGGCGAAAAGGAGUUGUAAUUUGCAUUAGAAACACAGUAAACUAGACCGCAGCCCUUGACUGAUGACAUAGCCACUUUAAGGAAGACGUAAGUAAGUAUAGACUUUUCCCUGAAUGAUGUGCAGUUGACCGAAUAGACACAUCAUAACAUAUUGGAAGAAACAUUUCACUGGUUGCGUUAUGUGUGAGCUGAUAUUAGUUCUUACUUGCAAAGGAUCGAAUAAUCGAAAUAAAAAUCAAAUCGGUCUUCAAAUGACGCGCAAGUUGCGUCAACUCACGAAUCGAUGAAACUCGCACCCAACAUUUGCCGGGUUUCUCUUCGCUGGUAAAGUCAUACUGUGGCGUGCUUUUUUGUUUCUUACAAAAGUCUCGGAAGUAUCCUUUGUAGCGAAGCUCGCGACACAAUUUGCACUCGACAGUCAUCAAAACGUUCGCUGGGUUUCUCUUCGUUGGUAAAGUCAUACUGUGGUGUGUUUUUAUGUUUUGUUUCUUGCAAAAGUUCCUUCAGUAUCUUUUGUAGCGAAUCUUGCGACAGCAAUUUGCGCUUUGAUUGUUUACCUCAAACAAAAGCUGCUCAAGUUUUUUGUUUCGUUUUCAAUGCUUUUUUUAACCUAAAAACACAAUGAAAAUCAAAUUUAGUGAGUUCUUGCUAAACAUGAUUUAAAAGUUUGAAUGUAAUAGCGUACGUUCAAGUGGUGUCUUUUAGCGUUCUUAUUUGUCUCUUAGCAGUUUUACACCCUGGUUUACAGUCGGUAUGUAAUUCCUUUGAAGAAACAGUAUUAGCAUAAAAAAAUGAGUGUAUAGCAAAUCAACUUUUGUUUUUCGAUGACGCAUUGGUUUGUUUAGAAGCUAAGAGUCAGUAUCAGUUUUGCGUCCAUGUGUCAGUUUAGUUUCCAGUUUAGAUUCGGUGUUUAUUUUCCAUGUCUUCACGCGUAGGCAGAAAAACUGAAGUAACAUUCGUCGCCAGUAACGAAAAAAUAGCUUACGCGGUUACAAGAAUUUUCCUCUUGAUUUUAUGUUCGCAUCAUAACGUCAACCACAUAGCGGUUACUCGCCAACUUGUCUCACCUGUUUGACUGUUUUAUCAGGCGACAGGUAAAACCUGUUUGACUGUUUUAGCGAUGAUGUCAUACCUUUUCUCAUUGGCGGACACCUUUUCCAUUGUUCUUGCGCUAUAAAUUGGCGGCACCACCCGGAUGGUUGGGCGGAUCCGUAGAACCACCGAACAAUACACGUCUCACCUUUCAUUGCUUCAAUCAUAUUCAUAUUCAAUACCCAUUCCAUAUAGUGAAACUGUGCGUCUGUAACACCACCAGACCAUACACCUAAUUCAAAAAAGGUUGCUUUGGGAUUUGGUCAUUGAAACACAGAAUACAAUGCAAUGCUUUGCUUGAGUGACCACCAAACAAUGGCUUUCAAUGACCAAAGCACUAUUCCCAAAACAACCUUUAUUGAAGUAGGUGAAUACUUCUCACCCUUCAGGACUUCGUCCAUAUCCAAUGAGGCAUCGUUUACUUAUUCCCUGCAGUGAAGCUAUGUAUCCUUAACCUAGGCCACAUUCAACACCAAAUUCAACUGAAUUAUUGUUUACCUAUUCCCUAUAGUGAACCUGUGCAGUAGUAAUACCACGGGACCAUAUGCCGCUCAACUUUCAGCACUUCAUCCAUGUUUACCCAUUUUGGACACACCACUCAACCAUACACUUCUUUGGUCCGUGUUCAACAAAGUAUUGUUAACCUACUCUACAGUUUAAACCCCCUACACUGUAACAACACCAAACCACGCCCUAUUCCAAAUCCCCUUGCGUUUUGCGUGCCUUUCAAAAUUACCCAACUUGGUCGUUGCAUGUUUUUGUUUAAUCUGGGCUGUUGAAUUUGUAACCUAGUGAAGCUGUGGUGUAGUGAAACUUUGUUUACAUUUUAUGCCUCCAUUCUCUGAUAAAGCCAUUAAAGUAAAAUCGCUGCUUGUUUAGGAGUUUAGACGGAGUAUCUUAAAAUUUGAGCCCGAGCACCUAAUUGUUUCGGAGAGAAUCUCUUCAAGAAUUAAAAAUUUUUAAAAUAAUGUAUGGCUCAUUCACUUUUUUACUACACAGUUUUUUUCGCAGUUUUUUAUCGCUUUUAUUUCCUUAGGUAUUGCGUGGAAAGACCUGAAUAUUGCACGAAUGGUUCAAGUUAAGCAGCUAUUUACCUUUUUUAAUCUAUACAGCGACGAUAUCAAAUCGUGUGCUAAUGAGCAAAAAUGUAAACAAUACGUGGGAAAAUACUCGCAUAAUCAUUUACAGUACAUAUAUUGUGAAAGGUUUUUACUAGGUCUUUCGGUGGAUAAACCUGUUUAAUCCUUUAGGAAAAGUGAAAAAGUAAAUGAAACAGGAGUUGGCAAUUUCUUUUCUUUGACCUUCGAUUAAGCCGUCAGUCGAUCGAAUAAAGGGGUGAAAAUUUCUGUGAGUCAGUCAGCUGGUCAGUAAGAAAAAUGAACCAUUUUUUAGCACGAUUAAAAUUUAAGCUGUUUGCAGCGCUGUUUGGUUUUUGCAUGUGAUAAUUGAGAAUAAUUUUCGUUUUUACUUCUCCCUUUUAGAGUGAAAGGCCUCUGUAUGACAGAUGACUUGCUGAAGGAAGAAGACAGGCGCUUGUUGAUGUUUUCAGUGUCUUCUGAUGGAGAUUUAAGAGGAUGGGCUUUUAAUCCUGAAAAUGUAAGAAGAAAUUGCAUCUAUAGUAAACUUAACCUGCGAGCAAGCUCUUCAUACAGUAGCCUUGCGGGACCCAUAUGGGUUGCAGCGCUUUUGUUUUCGGGCUAGGUUCCAUUGUCGUCUUUGUUUGUUCAUUUUUUUCCCAAUCAAACCCGUUAUGUCUUCCGAGAGCUGCCAGGUCGGCCUCUCCAUAUCGAGCGGGAACGCGAGCGAGUGAAGAAGACGCGAUAUCGCGUCUCAUCUCGCGUGCCUCUCGCGCGUGGUAUCUCACGAUAUCUCCCAGGCUCCAGGCCUCGGUUGUUCAAAAGAUGGAUAGCGCUAUCCACCGGAUAAAUCUCUAACCAGUGGAUAAUGCAAUUGGUCUUCUAUUACUUAUCCGCUGGAUAGCGAUAUAUAUCCGGUGGAUACAACAUGAUACUUGUUAGUUCUGGUAAUGAGUUUUCAUCCAAUGGGGGGUGCUCUUCUCACAGGAGAGAGCUGCAAUGAUACACAAAUAGGCCGGUGAGCCGCCAUAUUGUUUGCCAAGAUACGGAUAUCGAUCUUUUAACGAGGUGUGGCGAAAAUUUUGUUAAAUAACUCUGUUUAAUUUUCCUUGCCCAACCUCUACAUUCUAGCCAUUGUAAGGCGAUUUAUUGUAUUCAAUGACAGUUAAGUUUUGUUGGCGCGAUGGGCAGCCUUUGGCAAGUAUAGCUGUAGAUGUAGAUGUAGACUUUAAUUCUUGCGUGUUCUAUCAUCGCCUUGGUAUGUCUUUUUCGUUUCUUCUGCGUACUAGUCGAAACUCCGGCAUUUGGUCAACAUACAUGGUGGCGGACGUAUCUUUAUGUGUUCUGGAGGACUGCUAGUUUCAGCUUUCUAUAGUAAUAGGUAGCUUAUUAACAUCGGCAGAAGAUAUACAGGGAUGUGCUAAGUAUUUUAUGUACCGAGAAGUGUCGCGCGAGUCCUCAAAUUUGGCACUAUUAUUUUAUAAUAUGCGCCUUUUUUCGCUAGGAAACUUAAAGUUAGCAAAAAAUUACUUUCAAUGGCAAAUUGUCUCCGCAUUAUAACAGACGUUAUAAACAACAAAAAUGAACUUUGGAAAACUGUUAGCUUAACAAGUUUUCUAAAACCCCUACUAUAAUCAGUUUCAAUCUUCUCCAAGUUUGUCCAUCCGUGCUUAUUUUGCAUUUGCUCUGUUAUUUAUACCUUCUUUUAUGGCUUUUAGCGGUUCCAGUUUUUGUUUCACUUUAUCUGCUGUCAAUUCUCACUGUUUGAAUUUUGAAAGAUUUUGUCACACAGUCCCUUUAAGUUCCUGGACAUGUACCUGGCAGAGCCUUUAUUUCAAAGGAGAAUGUCAAGCGUCCAUUGUACCAUCAUGACGUAUAACCUUCGUGUCAUUGUGUUCUACAGUUUGCAGAAGAGGCCAAGCUUGUAGCGAGAUUCGAUGUGCCGGGUAGACCGACUUGCCUCACUGUUGUUGGCAGAAAAACAUUCUCCUCAAAGGUUGAAGCAAUCGAUAAUGAAUUGGCUGUAAAAUCCGAGCAACAUUUAAAGGAGAAAAAGAAAAAGGGCAAAGGAAAGGAAGACAAACGAACCGUCAGCACUUCAGGUAUUUUGAUUCCUUUGCAAAACUUUUUACUUGCAUCAGCAGAGCUGCGAAUAACGCUCAAGUUAACCGUCGUCCUACGUAAAACCUUUCAAAUCACCAAGCUUUGCUGUUUUCGGAAUUCCCGGACAUUUUUCUAAAUUUCAUCCCUCACGAAAGAUCACGGAGUUUGUGUUGGUGUCCUGUGUCUUUCAGCAAUCGUAAAAUGUUUUUAAAAAAGUUACGCAUGUACGAUAGUAGUAGUAAAGGAUUGAAUCCCGUACAAGCUGAAUUCUUACUGAGGACGCUCUGAGGAGAAAAGGGGUUUGCUUGAUUUAUGAUUUUUUUUGUUUACUUUUGUUUUUUAUAUCAUUGAAUGAACAGGUGAUGAACCCAAGAAGAAAAAACACAGGACAAAGAAGAAAAAAUCCGCCAAGAAAAGAGGUCACAAUGCGUUGGAAGGAACAGGUGCAAGAAGCACCGAUGAAAAACCACAAAGUGAACGUACGGAAAUGGAAGGAAAUGAGAGCGAUGGAAGUGAUGAGGCUGAUAACGAUGAUAUGGACGACGAAUAAGACAUCUGCAGGCCUGGCUUGUUCCGAUAUUCUUGACUUGUGCAAGAAUGCGUCGUACUACCCAAAAGGACACAAAACAACAGAGAACAUCUAAUGCGAGUUGACAACCUUGGGCUGAGAUCACUGAGAUCUUGCAACCAGAGAAGGAACCAUUACCGUCAUGGUUCUCAUUGGAAUAUUGUCUUAAUAAUCGGAGAAACAAAUGUUUGUCGCUGGACAAAAAAAUCCCGUCUUUCUUUGAAUUAGCAUCUCUUGUAACAGACAUGCGCGUUUCAUGGGACGCUAAGAAACAAACUGCAUAUGAGCGAUGCAAGAAAAGAAAAAACACGGAUCUGGUUUUACUAGUUGGACCCUUGAGUUUCUUUUUCAGCAGAAGCUAGCAUAAUAAAAAGACCACUGACAAUAAUGAGUGAUUCUUUCGUCGUAAGGGGAGAUAGUAAAUAGCUUUCGACAACCGUCACGAAACAGCGCCUAAUGUUUCUCCGACUUUGACAACCUUCGCGAC